AUGUCUGGAAAUAUUGGCUGGGAUGACGAGAUUGUCCUCCGCAAGAAGCCCGAUUUCGCCAAGGUGACCCGCACAGCAUCCGACAUCAAUGCCGCCCGUCGUGCUGGCGCCGUCGUAGCGACCGAACGUAAGGUCGUCUCGAAUGCUGGACAUGUCGGCGAAGAUUUCCGCAGGAUUGCAAAGUUGGCAGAAUCGGACGAGAUCGUUGCGCCCAAGGCUGUUUCUAUGGAUGUCGGCAAGGCUAUUGCCAAGGCUCGUAUUGAGUUGAAGUUGAACCAGAAGGAUCUUGGUGUCAAAGUCAACGAGAAGCAGACUGUCAUUAACGAUUAUGAGGCUGGAAGGGCCGUGCCAAACCAGCAGAUUCUUGGAAAGCUCGAGCGCGUACUAGGGGUCAAGCUUCGUGGCAAGGACAUUGGAUCCCCUCUGACCUUUGGCAGGAAGUAA